CCUCGCCGCCGCCGCCACCGCCGACGUUGUGCGCCCCCGAACCCGUCACUGAGCGCGUCGACGACAGCGGCAAUAGGCCGGAUUACUUAACAUCAUAGCCCUGAUCCGAGGAGCGCCGGCGGGCUGCCCUUGGCGCGAUAGAGUUCUCUUAAGUCCUUGCCAAGCCCAUGGCUGGAGGCACCUGCAGUGCCCAUAUCUCUGCUUCGUCGGUCCAAGCCAACCAAGCACGCACAACUCAGUCUCGGCGUCGUCCUCGGCGGUCCAACCCACACAUUUCGUCAUCGUCCAGCCCAUCGUCGGGACUGCUGGCGCUGCUCGCGACACUCGCAUCAUCGUCGUCUGUUGAUGCGAAACCGCUCGUUGCGCCACCGCUCACCUUCCUCUACCCCUUCAUCGAGGAGCACUCCUCGGAAAUACGUGUUGAGACUCAUCCGACAAGGACCCACUCUGCCGAUCCGUUUCCGCCACCAACAGGGCAGUCUUUGUCUCGGCGCGGCGUGUCACUUGCCGAUAAGUAUGCAUCUGGCUCAGACGGUCGUUGGCGCAAGUUAGACGAGUACACAUUAUACGGGUCCACGAUUCGCUCGGUCCCUACCUCUAUGUCAAUCGAAGAUGACGCUGCCGGCGCUGGGCCGACGCCAUCAGCUUCAACCUCAAGCUCCACGAGCGAGGUGACAGCCAAGUCCACAUCCAUUGAUGACCUCUAUGAGUCUUUGCCAGUCGGUUGGCAACCGACUGACAAUCCCGACCGUCCAACCGCUAUCAUUGCAGUCCUAUCGGUCCUCCUUGCAUGCCUCAUAAUCAUCGUCAUCGCGUUGUCUGCUUACUGGCGCAGGAGGCGGAAACUAGCUAGGGAUAAGGAUCCAGAGAAAAAGAUGUGCCGCAAGGACGAUGGUGAGGAUGUUCCAGUGGCUGAUGAGGAUGCAGCGGAUGCGCAGCAGAUUCGGUCUCAAAAAAGGAUGGUGGUCAAAGCAACGGCGAGGUGGAAGGCUAAUGCACGGCAGUCUUUUCGAAAACGGCGACCACGAUGGGCAUCGCGAAAAUAUGCUGCAUCUAGGCAAGACCUACGAGAGAACGACUCCAGCGUCGCGCUACCACAACCGAGAUCGCCGUCGCCUUCGACAACAAUCUCCAGUAAUCUCCCUACCACACAGCUUGCCCACUCGCCAUCACCCUCUAUCCCAUCGCAAAGCCGGGCAUCUCUGCGUGAGUCCCAGUUCCAGCCCCCUGACCGUUCCACGACUCCCCCUGCAUCUCCGACAUUCCCCCCUGCCUAUUUCCGUAGCUCACGAAGACACUUGGCUCAAUCAGGCGGCGCCCCUGGGUCGCUACAUAUACAUAUCCCUGUUUCGCCAUUCACAGAUCCGGAUUCACAGUCACCUCCGCCAUUCACGGGCACCGACGAUGAGGCGCCUGUACCUCCUCUGAAUACGGUGGCCCACGUGGCUACGGAUGACAAGGCUGUGCUAGCGCGCAUGGCUGCCAUGUCUAGUUCCCCUCCUGCUGCUGACAAUCCAGGAGAAGCGUCUCGAGACGUGCGACCGUCUGUUCCAUCGUGGUAUGAUGAAGAUCACGAAGACUAUAGUCGCCGGUCUUACGAUCAUUCGUUGGCCUCGGGGCGUUGCUAUGAGCCCUGCACGAUGCCUGAGAUGUCCACGGCGAACUCAUGCGAGGCUUCGACGUCGCGGUUGCUACCUCCGCCUCCAGAAAAGGCGCAGCUGACUGCCCCCCUUUUCUACGACUACCCGUCUUCGUUCGAGGAGGACCUGACAGAGCCAGAGCCAUCCGCACCUCCGUUCGAGGAGUGUGUCGCCAUGCCCAGUGCUCCGCCGCUAGAGUCCGAAGCACCUCCCCCCUCAGCACCCCCUGUGGGGGAAUAUGAAGAAGACUUCAGUACUUGUGCGGUUUCAGCACCAUCAGCACCCGCAUUCGAUGACUAUCCGGAAGAGGCGGGGACUUUUACUGCGAAUACUCGUCCCCGAGACGAUUUAUGGCAUCGACCUAGCUCUCCCAGGAUGGGCGUCGGGACUUCGUCUUCCUCCGAGUCGUAGUUACUGUUGGGCUUUUGUAUUAUGGGACUCUCUUGGAAUUUUCGCCGUGGACUGGAUCAACGACCGUAUGUAACAGAUGUCUUGGUCAGUUCUUGCUUGGUUUCGCACCUUGUUUGGUGAUACCGCUGUGUUUAGGUUAUCUUUAUGCAUUUGAAGCAUCGCAACUGUAAUUCGUAUAUACAAUAUCAACAAGCAUGGCUACGGUCUCGAUAAUGAUUACUGCCCACUGUCUGACCAGACAGUGUGACUUAUCCACUG